AUGGAAGAUAUUUGGAAGGAAGCAUUUCCCGUCGGCACGGAGUGGGACCAAUACGACAAAGUGUACGAGAUCGAGUGGGACUUCUCAAACCUCGAUGAGGCGUUUGACGAGGGAGGGCCGCUGCACGACAAGAGGGUAUACCUCUUUGGAUGCACAGAACCGCAGCUGGUGCACUGGAAGGGCAAGGACAAGGUGGUGCACGUGCCAGCAGUCGUGGCGAUGCACUGGAAGGGCAAGGACAGGGUGGUGCACGUGCCAGCAGUCGUGGCGGUACGUGCCAGCAGUCGUGGCGGUACGUGCCAGCAGUCGUGGCGGUACGUGCUGCCUUAA